AUUUCAUUCCGAAGGAGCAGGUGACUCUGUGCUGGGACGUUUAAGGUGAAACACUUGCCCCGGGCAGGCCGGUACCUGCUGGGCGGAGCUUCGAAUCCCGCUGUGCGUGGGCGGCUCGAAUUCACAGCCUGGGAUCUGCAGACUUUAACGAGAGGACGUCCGUCCCACGUUUGGGGUCGAGCAAGCUUUCCGGACCGAUUAGAUGCGAUGGACCCUUACCAUUAUCCGUGGGCGCCAGGCUGGGGACAGCUGGGAUUGAAUAAUAAGGAGAGAACCUGUGAAAUCGGCCCAGGAAUCAACUGAGAAGAUAAAUGCGGACGUGAGGAAUCAACCCGGUGAACCUCCUCUGCAGCGCCACCAAAGCCAGACCCGACAGCUGUGUCCGGUGGGUGGAACCAUGGCUGCGGUGUCCACCUCUUCCCCAGGCCGAGGAUGUCAGUAGCGGGCUGCCCCGCUCCAGCGCACAAUGAACAGCGAGGAGCGGCAGAGAUCCCUACCGGCAGCGUCGCAGGAGUUGCCAGUCAGCGUUGAAGUCAACUUAGGAACUGCAGCUCCGGAGUUUUCCCUCUGAGUUUACUAUCGAAUCCUUUCUCAUCAGUUGUUCCAGCCAUAAGGUAGCGGAGGUUUGAGAUCAGAGUAUUCCUUCCAGUCGAGCUGUCAACCGCGGCUGACGAGCCACAUCUGCCCGAAACGGCAAUUAUGAAGACUCUUGCCCCGUCUCCUGUCAGUAGAAACUGUUCCGUCGGGGGUAACAAUGCUGCCCGUGCUUCUGCUUGUCGCCUCGCUGGCCAGCAUGGCCAAGGCUUGAGCAAAGAUCAUUGCUUGGGAUAUGAUGUCCUCUGCACCACUGCGGAUUAUGAGUUCCGCCGUUACAAUGAAUCGGUCUGGGUCGGAGCGUACGUCAGCCGGGACUUCUUUGACAGAACUGACUCGUACCCGCUGUACCACUAUUUCAAAUGGCAAAACUCGGAAGGGAUGGAGAUCCAAUUGACUGGACAAGUUCUCGUUUCAGUCACCGUGUGGAGAGUGCUUGCAGUCUACUUCAUGCUUCCUGAAGAGCUUUGGGACAAUCCUCCAACAGCAACCAACCCACGAGUGUUUAUCACUCCUUUCCCGAUGAUGGAUGUGUUUGCCAGGAAUAACCUUCGACAUGCCAUAAUCGGCGCAACGGAUUUCAACCGCACGCUCACUGAGCAGAAUGUCCCUGUCAACAAUUCCAACUUCUUCGUGUAUGCCUGCUUGGGGUCUGCAGCUUUAGGUAAAAGAGUGUAAAUGAAUGUGGAAUGUUCUGUGUGCGAGCGGGGUGGUAAAUGAACCAGAGCCGCUGCAGUAUCGAUUGGGUGUCAGUCCCUACGGAACGGUGGGACGCUCUGGCGCUGUCAGAUAGAAGGCUCGCUCAUCACACUGCUCCUCCGAGGGGUGAAACGGUAUGAAAGGCUACACUGUUUGUCCCGAGAGAGAAGCUCGGUCAGUGUUCCAGAGAACCCUCCGGUUCCGGCAUCAAUACAGGGAAGGAAUUUGGUGGGAUUGUUGAACUUGAUGUUGACUCCUCAGUGGUCAAUGUGCCCAGAGGGAAGAUGGGCUGGUAUCCCGGCGCUGCCCCUGAGCAUCUUUGGAAGGGUUCAGGCGUCGGGUGGCAGUGAUAAGGGAAGAGUUGUUCACAGUUAACUGGUUGAUGUGCGGUCUCUAAUUCUUUAUUUGUUUUUUCCACAACCACGUUUAGCGAGUCAGAGCUGUUCGGGCAUUUGUCGCAAGGGUAAGUGCAGGGGAAUGUUGUGACUGUGAUCGGGUCAGUUAAUGAAUCCGAGACGCUGCGGUAUCAGGUGGGUCAGGAACAGAAAAUAUGGAACACUAGACCUCUAUGUUCGCCCUUUAUCCUUGAUUGUUGCCGACUCAAGACCUUCAUUCCUACACAGCCGUCAUUUUAUUUUCUAUUAUCUUAAAUUUAUUUCUAUUUCUUAAAUGUACCUGAUAGAUAUGUCUCUUUCCGGACUCCUGACAACGCGUUCCACACACCCACCAUUAUGUGUAAAUACAUACGCCAGGCAGCCCCUAUACCUCCGUCUAAAUACUUUUAAGUUAUAUCUCUUGGUAGUUAUUUCCACACUGGGAAAAAUUUUUUUUGGACAUCCACAUGCCCUAUGCCGUUUAUCUUUUACAACCCUAAGCAGUCGCCUUUCACCCACUUCGCUCUAAAAGAAAAAGCCAUAGCUCUCUAAACCUGUCCUCAUAUGAAUAUCCCUCUAGUCUAGGCAGCAUUCUGGUAAAUCUCAGUUUUUCAGCUUCGAAAGCUGUUACAUACAUUAUGUAAUGAGGCGACCAGAAUUGAGCACAAUAUCCCAAGUUUAGAUGAGCGGCAACAUUACUCGCGGCUUUGAAAUCAACCCCUCGACGACUGAGGCCAACAUCUCAUGUAGUUUCAGAACUACCUGUUCAACUUGCGUGUCAACGUUGAUGAGUCUAUGAGCGUGAAACUAAAGAUGACUCUGUUCUUGCACACUGAUAAUGAACCUGUCAUGAACCCUGCAUCUUGCAUUCAAAUUCGACUUUGCAAAGUGUAUCACUUCACACUUUUCCACAUUGAGCUCAGAGUUUGCCAAUUCUCAGCCCAACUUUGCAUUCCUCAUUGCCCUAUUGUAACCUACAUCACAAUCCACACUAUCCCGAAAUGUCAUCUGGACAUGCAACAGCCUAAUCACCCGCUUCCCGAACAGAUUUCUGCAGAACACCUCUUGUCACCGACCUGCAAGUGAAAUACCCUCCAACUGUUACCACACUCUGUUUUCUGUGGUUAAGCUAGUUUUAUCUACAGUAACCACGUUUGUCUGCCGCCCAUAGCUGAGAAAGUUUUCCUAAAAUCUUCAUCAGUGUGCUUUGUCUAAUAAUUAAGAAUUUGAUUCCGUUCCUGAGACAUGUCCUGCUCCUCUCACAGCCAUGAUCAGACUAUCGUUCUUCAACUGUCCAGAAAUGCUGUCGAAAUAUAUCCUCCAACAGUUUGACCGCACGUACGUUAGACCUACUGGUCUGUAUUUCCCAGCGUGUUCCCGGUUUCCUUCCUUGGUCAAACGAAUAACAGCUGGCAACGUCCAAUCCUCGGAUACUAUUGCAAUAGCCAGAUGACACAGCAAGGUCAUUACCAAAGGCGCAGCAGUAUCUUCCGUCCCUUCCUGUAGAAGACUGGGAUACAUCCCCUCCGGCAAUACGAAUUUAUGUACCCUAAUGUUUUCGAAAAUUUCAGCUCAUCCUCUUUCUGAACAUCAAUAUGUUCAAGCGUAUCAGCCCCUUCUACAUCAUGCUCACAUUUUGAAAAAUUCCCUCUCAAUUAAGGACCUUCACUAUCUGGGCCGACCUCAGGCACAUAUUUCCUCUGUUAUUCCUGAUCGGUCCUACGCAGUCAUCCGUCUGAUCGUCACAUAAGUGUAAAAGGCCUUUGGGUUUCUAAGCUCCUGCCUGGCUAACUUGUAGUUCAUUUGAAACCUCUUUGAUCCCUGCUUCCUAAAUCUUAAGUCUGCUUCUUCCUCUCUCUGGACUAUCUCUUAUCAACCAUGACUCUUUUACUCUACCAUCGCCGACCCUGUCUCAAAGGGACAAACCUAUCCAGAAGAACAUGCUAGCUCUUCCUUAAAAAAAAUUCUACAGUUCACUUGUGCAUUACCCUGCGUAUAACUCUUCCCAAUUUACGUUUCCAAUUUCCUGACUAAUAGCAUCGUAAUUCGCUCUCCCACCAAUCAACUGAUUUAUAAUACCAUCUCUUCCUAUCCUCAUUCAAUGCCAGGGUAAAGAAUAGGAGUUGUGGUCACUAUCUGUGAUAGGAGGUCUGGCAGUAUCGCAUCGGGAAAUAUGGCAGGUGACCUGGUUCAUUGUUCUAAUAUGGCGUUCAGAUGUAUCACCACUAAUGAGUCGAAACCACUUAUGUGUUCCUCGAACAGAUUCUGCCAAUCUUUUUCUCUGAGGAGGUUCCAGUCAAUAUAAGGGAAGUUAAUGUCACAAUAAUAAACGUCUUUAUGCUUAUAUAUUUCCAAAAUCAAUCUCCUGAAUUGUUCCUCGGUCGUUAUUUGGGUAUUUAACUUGUCCGUCUACUUCAUACUUCCAAUAGCAUAUCUACUCUUCCAGAUUCUGCCUAAAUUCACAUUGACUCACUGAAUGAUCCGAUCACGACUGCUCCAUUUGUGCUGCUGUGAGAUUAUCCGACUCUUGCACUUUUCCCCCAAUCGCGUUUGAAACAUAGAAGCACUGAAACAUCCGGAAGCGAUUCCUGCCCUUGUAACAACAAAGCCUCAGUUAUGACCAUAACCCCGUAGAUCCAUGUACUGAGCUGCUCUCGGAAUUCAGCUCCCUUGUUCCCACACUUCUCGCAUUAAAAUAGGCGCAGUACAAUCCCACCUACUGUCUGUAGGUUCACCGCCUCUCCUUCCUCACAAUGUCCCAAUACGCCACUGUUUCUUCCUUUGACAUAUCCCAUUCCCCUCCCGAAUUAUGUUUCCGCUGCCAGCCACCUCUAUCAAACCCGUCUGAAAGAUUUCCCUCCAGUUCAUGAGGCGAGGUAGUUACAGAAGCGGGUUUUGGGAUACAGGAUCCACCUCUAUUUGGAAAGGUUGGAGUGAUUAGGCAUAGCCAGGGUGUCUUUGUAGAAGGAAAAUCACGUUCCAUAAAUUUGAUCAGGUGUUUUGAACAGGUAAACAAGUGGUCUGACACUGUCCCAAAUUGUAAGAUAGCUGAAAGGUGACAUAAAAUGGAUCCCUCUGGAUAAAUGUAGGUGGAUUGGUGGGAUUGGAGACACGGAUAGAGAGAUGGUGAAGAUGUCUGACCCGGUGCCCCGCAGCUGUAAAAUCAUUGGCACCCAGAGUUGGGAGGUCACCUUACAACUGUUCAUCAUGUUGUUUAGACAUCACCUGCAGGAUUGUGUACACCUGUGGUCACUACAAUAUUGAAGGGAUGUGAUUUUGCUUGUGGGGGCAGAAACAAAGAAUCCCAUGGGCGUAGGAAUUCAUACUACAGACACGGGACUUUCUAGAUUAGAAAAUUCUAGCAAUAAGUCACCCGUCGCUUCUUUGACGCCGCUGUUUUUUUUUCUUUGGAGGGGACCGGUUUAAUGAUGAAGAGAACAAUACUUUCAGUAAAGGGACUGCUCUUCCACUCUCAGGAACAUUCUCCUCAACUCUCUGUUAUAUCUUUCAGUCAGGAGAUAUGGCUCGUUGCCACUGCUGGAUUCGACUGCCCGGCCCCGUGAGUUCAAGGAGGACACUUUGGAUCCUCCGCCUGCUUCCUCUUAAACACCGCUUUCUACAUGCUCUCCACUGUUUAUUCACUCCCAACACCGCCACUCAGUAAUCUCAGCACUGGCCUGUUCACCCGUGGGGUAAUGCCAGACAUCGAAUACCCGUGACCAACCCGUGUGGGAUCAUCACCUACUCUCACAGGGGCCGCAGAGUGGCUGUGUUCGGAGCACAGUUCCGGGACGUUGGCAACUAUGGUCCUUCGGCUGACACAGGACUAUCUGACCUUUGUAAUGCGAUGUGGCCCAGAAAUGAUAUUACCUUGUCGGCCUGGUUCGAUUUGUCACGUUUACCAGACAGAUUGGACGUUUCCUAUAAUCUCUUUCAUUCCCGGCGUAACAGUAUGAUAGAGAACACGUCCAAAACCGCGAGUAAUCCCAGACUGACGUUUGUGGUUUGAGUCAAUGUCUGUGUCUCUUAUGCGAGUGCACGGCGGAAAGUCAAGAGACACGGGCCACUUCUGUCAGACCGCACGGGUUUUUGGCACCAGAGCUAUGUAAAUACUGGGCAGAACAGCCGGUGGAUGUUUGAUAUGAUCCACCUCCUGUGUUGAUAUAACAGUAAACACUCUUGUGUACUCUGAUGGUAUCAGGGGUUCUAAUAUUUCUUUUUCCACGACAUGUGGCGGCUCCUUCUCGGAGCUCACUACUGACCACACUGCCUUUCUGACAUCUGUCCCGCGGUAGUAUAACCAUUUCCCAAAUUAACUGCAUGAAUCAAUAAAGCCAACGCUGUUUGCAUUAACUUGGUCUGCAUCUCUUGUCAAAAGCUCGCUGCUGUGAAAUCUGACUGUUCAUUGGGAAGGUACAUUCAGUCCCACCGGGAAUAACCAGCUCCUAGGGCAGUGAAAACAGCGUGCUGGCACACCCACACUAACAGCUCACCCCUCUUCCCUUGCAACACUGAGCCACUCUGUCAGCUGAUAGUGACGCCGCCUGGGGUGCGGGGAGGGUCAUGUGGAACCGGAGCGGUACACCGUCAGGGAGAAUGCAAGCAGUCACAUUACUAACGUGGGUUACAGCCCAAAUGGUCUCUCCCACCAUAUUGGUAUCACAUGCCGUGAGGUUAGAUAGGUCUGAGUUGAUGGCUCGGAUAGUCAGAGCGCAGGAGGAUAACCUGUCCAUGGGGUAAUGCCAGACUUACCAGCUAUCACUGGGCAGAAGCCAUACUCAUAACAUUCCCCCUCUUAAGCAAUUCCAUCCUUUCGCUGUCAAUCUACUCGGGGCGAAGCACCAAACCCAUAACGCUAUCUUGCAGAGAGAUAGUGGCAUCUGGAAUGGGAGGUGUGAGAAUCAGAGAACAGUGAUAUUAAGAAUCAGCGUGUGGAGAGGGGACAUUCGAUGAGGGGCGUGAUGUGGAUGCCGUUGGAGGUAAUGUUGCUGUAGGAGGGGGUGAUAAUUGUUUAGAGAGAAAGGAUUGGGGUGGACGAUGGGCUCGGAGACGUAAUCAGUAACAGAUCUGAGAAGGGAGCUGUGGCUGGGCGCGACUGUGGAAGUGAUGGGGGGAGCGGGGGACGUGGAUGAGUUCGUAGAGUCUUAUGACCGAGGGUCCCGGGGGAGAGCGCCGUGUGUUUGACGGUGGGGAUGUCAGAAUCAAGUUUAAUAUCACUGGCGCAUAUCUAGACAUUUGUUGUCUUAUGGUAUGGUAAAGUUAUAAAAGAAUAAAUUACAUUGAGAAAUAUAUAUUAAUUACGUAUUUUUCCAUGUAUAAUUAGUUCAUAAAGGGAGGGAAAUUAUGUGGGCGUACACAUGUACUCAUUUUCUAUUCAGAAAUUCGAUGGCGGAGGGUAAGAAACUGUAUCUGAAAUGUUGAAUGCUCAGGCACCGUUAACUGCCCCUGACGGUAGCAAUGAGAAGAGGGCGUGUCCUGCGUGAUGGGGAUACUUAGUGAUCAAUGCCCUAUCUCUGAUCAUCGCCUGUCGAAGAUGCCUUUGGAGCUGGAGGGGACAGUGCCCGACAUCAAUUUAGCUGAGACUGCAACUUUCUGCAGCCUUUCCGAUCCUGCGAUAAAAAUAUUUUGAAAUAAUUUGAUGAACAAAUAUAAAAUACAUGAUUUUAAAAUGAAUAAGAGUAAUGUAAGCAAAAACACUUGGAACUGGAAUUUUGUGUUAACAGAUUAUGACUUUUUUGUUUUGAUAUGAAGAUUGACGCCAAAUAUGUUUUUGUAUAAGUAAGAGGGAUAGGCAUAUUCAGCUGUAGCAUCAG